UUUUCAUAUUUUAAAGUAAGUUAAAUUUUCAUUAAAUACUUACAUCUACGUACAUUUCACGACAUAAUUAUUACGAAUAUGGCAUCAAUUUUAAAGACUUUUAAUGGAAUUCAACUAUUCAAUAAAUGUUUGAAACAGAGUAUUGAUAAAAUAUAUAUUCCUAAUCGUGGUAAAAGAUUGAAUCCUCCACCAAAGAAACGUCAUCCAGAAUGGCUUCCAAAACCAACACGUGUAUUAUAUAAUGAAGAACUUACUUCAGAAAAUAAAGAAUUUCUCUCAGAAAUUGUUUCAUCCACUAAAGGACUACUCAAUAAUAAUGCAUCUCCAUUAAGUAAAGAAUUAAUUCAAUCAAAUGCAACAUGGACUCCAGGUUCUAGACGUACUGGUUUAAUUGGCAAAAAGAUAGGAGUAUAUCCAAUGUGGCUAAAAAAUGGAAAAAAAGUAUUAACUACUCUAAUACAGAUUGUAGAUAAUGAAGUUAUAAAAUAUAUACCCCCAGAAGAAUAUAAACCAAUUAAACCUGUUAGACAUAGAGUUAAAGUACGAAAUGGCUGUCUUGUAUUAGGUGCUAUAAAUAUUGACCCACAAUUACUUACUAAAGAAUAUUAUGGAAUAUUUAAUUCAGUAGGAGUUACACCAAAAAAAGUAUUAAUGAGAUUUACAAUUUCACCAAAUGCUGUUCUCCAACCAGGAACUCCUUUAAAUGCAACUCAUUUUAAACCAGGAGAAUUUAUUGAUAUUCGUGGAAAAACAAUAGAUCGUGGCUUUCAAGGUGUUAUGAAAAGAUGGGGCUUUAAAGGUAUGCCUGCUUCUCAUGGAGUAACUAAAACACAUAGAAGACCAGGUAAUAUAGGUUCAGGAGGUGCAAUGGCUAGGGUAAUGCCAGGCACUAAAAUGCCUGGACACAUGGGAAAUCGUUGGCGUAUUCUUAAAGGUGUAAAGAUACUACGAAUAAACACUAAAUAUAAUGUAAUUUGGGUAUUAGCUCAAAACGUACCAGGAGAGCUAAAUACUAUGUGCUAUUUAUACGAUACGCUUUUAUAUACUAAAAAAAGUACUUCGCCAUAUUUUCCUACAUAUUUGCCAAAUGAAAGUGAACUACCUGAAAAUCUUUAUGCAGAUGAUGUUCAUCCAUUUGAGAAUCCUACAAUUGAAUUCAAAUCAGAAUCAUAAUUGUAAUAAUGUAAUAAAUAAAAAAUAUAUAUAAUUAUAAGAACA